UUUGCGUCUCUGUCUCCCUGCCUCUGAAUCUCUCUCUCUCUGUCUCACUGUCUCUGUCGCCCUGUCUCUUUCUCCUUGUCUCUGUCUCCCUGCCUCUGCGUCUCUCUGUCUCCCCGGUAGCUGUAUCUCCCCGUCUACGCCGACUCACUGUCUCCCUGUCUACGCCGGCUCGCUGUCUCCCUGUCUCUGUCUCACUGUCCCUCUGUCUCUCGGUCUCCCUGUCUCUGUCUCUCUGUCUCCCCGGUAUCUGUAUCUCCCCGCCUACACCGACUCGCUGCCUCUCUGUCUCCCUGUCUCUCUGUCUCCCCGUCUACGCCGACUCGCUGUCUCUCUGUCUCCCUGUCUCCCUGUCUCUCUGUCUCCCUGUCUCUCUGUCUCACUGUCCCUCUGUCUCUCGGUCUCCCUGUCUCUGUCUCUCUGUCUCCCCGGUAUCUGUAUCUUCCCGCCUACACCGACUCGCUGUCUCUCUGUCUCCCUGUCUCUCUGUCUCACUGUCUCACUGUCUCUCUGUCUCACUGUCUCUCUGUCUCACUGUCCCUCUGCCUCUCGGUCUCCCUGUCUCUGUCUCUCUGUCUCCCCGGUAUCUGUAUCUCCCCGCCUACACCGACUCGCUGACUCUCUGUCUCCGUGUCUCUCUGUCUCCCUGUCUCCCUGUCUCUCUGUCUCCCUGUCUCUCCCCGUCUACGCCGACUCGCCGUCUCUAUGCGAGUGUCUUCCAUGGCCACACACCAGCCGAGUUCAGCGGCCCCUGGGUCAUCUCGUAGGCAGCAGAGCGAAGUGGAAGAAUGCCUGCAGCCUGCCCCUUGAACAGGGAGGCGACAGCACGGACGACAGCAGAGAGAGAGAGGGGUUGGGGGAAGGGAGUUUCAGACAUUGGGGGCAGCAGAGGAGAAUGAGCGACCUCCCGCUGAGAGAAAGUUUGUUGACGGUUGGAGCCGAUGCAAAGUCACGUGGAGUGGCAGCGUCAACGCGUGCACGUCGCCAACACGGGAAGCCUUGGCUGCUGGAGCAGAGUGGGGUGAGAGGGGAGAGCGGAGGCCAUGGGAGACGUUUUGGACCGAAGCCGCGCGGCUUCGCUGCGGCAGGUGGAGAACCGCGUGGCGGCGCUCAGCACGAGUUCGGCCAUCAUGAGCCCCGUGGCCCGGCGCAAGGGAUCACCGCUCGUCACGUCAACCUCCCGCAAGACGGCGCGGCGCGAGCGCCGUGACGGUGUGAGGCCGGCAGGGGCGGUGGGGGUGCGGGGUCCCCGUGGACCUCUGCGUGAGAACGUGGGGGGCGCCCCCCCGAACGCGACGCGGCUCACGGAGCAACCGCCACCCGCAAGCGCUGGAAGUGGCUCCUUCUCCUCCAUGCCAUGGCCGUCUCCCUCUGCUGGAGGCGCCCCUCCCCCCACUCCCCCUCCUCCACCGGGAGAUGACGAGGUGGGGGACGCGUCAGCGGCACCACGGUGGAGCCCGCACCGCGCCCGCCCGGGAUCUGCGUUCGCCGCCAGCGGCAACGCCGAUGCCGGCGCCGGCAUCGAUCGGCCGCGGGGAGCACUCUCCCUCACCGCGAGCGAGGUCACCGCAGGCCUCGUCGCCCCUACCUCCGACGUGGAGGGGAUCGGGGGGGAGGCGUGGGGGGCGAGGGAGGAGGCGUGGGGGGCCCGUGGAGCUCUGUCCGUAGACCACGGGCGGCUCUUCCACUCCGCGCCGCCGCAAAGGAUUGUGGGAGGCUGGGACAGGGCGGCCGUGUCCUCCACGGCGUUUGAGGCGGCCCCUGACCCCGGCCUCUCCCUGUCGACCAUCGAGAGCCAAGGCGCCAGCGAGGCGUCCAUGCGCGUGCCGGCCGGGGCCCCGUCCCGGCGUCCCCGCGCCCCCCGCGACGACGAGAAGCUGCGGCGCCUGAGGGAGGUGGUUAGCCGGCAGCGCGCCGAGCGGGGCGGGGGGGCGGCGGCGGCGGCGGCGGCGGCCGGCGGCGCCGACGAGCCCCACCGGGGCGAGGAGCGGGCCGCCAUCCCCGUCUUCUCCGAACCCCGCCUCCUCGCCGCCAAAGUUCGCAAAGUGGCCAGCGCUCCCCCGGCGCCCGUCUACCGAGGCUUUAACCAGGCGGAGUGCAGUGUGCGUGCGCCGGACGGGAGCGUCUACCGGGAGCACGAGUUCCGGGCGCUGGCGCGGGACCCCACGCAGCGGCACCGCUUCUCGCUGCUGCUCCCCUCCGGGGGCGAGGGGAAGGCGCCGGCGCGGAGCCCGGAGCGUGCCGGGGCGGCCCCCUCACGACGGAAGCCGGUGAGGGAAGGUGGCAGGCGGCGCGGGGAGGGUCCGGCGCGGGCGCGGCCGGCGCUCGGCAGGCCGGCGGCGCUCCUCCGCCCGCGGCUCGCGUAAAGGGUCGCGCAUCAUCACCACGUCGUCGUGGCGCGACGGAGUGAGGCUGGUGCGGGCCCUGCUGGGCCCCGCGACCCACGACCCCAGCCGCGGGGAGAAGGACCCCCCCACAGAC